AUGGGGCGCAAACGCAAACAUAGGGCCAUUGUGGCCGAUGACAACGAUCAAACCUCUACCCCGGGCAAAAAGCGAUACCACUCCCAGAAGGACGACAAACCUGCCCGCGUCGAAGGCAAACGUGACCCUGUCUAUGGCCAGCGAUUUGCCUUCCCUGGCCUUGACAGCGAUGAUGAUGCUAACCUGAUUUUGGACGAUGAUGUCGAGCAAGAAGAUAACGGCGACGUGCUCGCCUAUCUUCGAUCUGUCCGACAAGAAGCGAACAACGUCCCAUCUGUCCUGGUAGCACCCAAAGCGGGCCCGCAACUCCCUCCUCACCUCCAAACCGCCGAAGACAAUACCGAUCACGGCAUCUACAAUAAUGGUGUGGGCGACUCUCGCGGAUACUAUCAAGAUGGCGCUUACACCGCUGCACCUUCUACUCCCUCAGUGGACAGCUCAGAUCUCAACCUCGAAUAUGGUAAAUGCGACCCGUCCGACCCGGACCAGGUUGCUCGUCUCCGAGCACUCGCACGCAAGUCUUACUAUGAUGCUAUCCUCAACCGAUUCCUCUCCCUGCGCGCCGUGCUUCAUCGCAAACCCCCGCCCCAUCUUAUCGACGCGCUGCCGCGUGAGAAUGGUACAUUUGUGGGUUCUUUUGGCCCAAAGACUCCAACAUUUCGUGUCUGGUCGCACCGCCUGCGGCAUACCGAUCCGCAUCCCGUACAAAUCGCCUCGCUGGACACCCAGAGCGUCCUAAAGCUUAUCCGCAUUCUUCUCGGCGGCAAGUUCAUGCGGCGCGGCCAUGCUCUGCGCGAGCGCACCAGCCGCUGGAUUUGGGCUCUUCUUGCGCGGCUGCCGCCCCGCGGAGAGCUGCGAUUCUCCGACAUUGGCUGGAUACGGGAGCUGGGUAGGCGCGCCAUUUUGAUGAUGGUCAGCUUGGCAGAUGUGGAAGCAUUACAGGAACAGGUCAACGGUGACUUGGAAGGUGAGCAGUUGGAGGGAGACGCUGAUAACGAUGCUGAGGAACCCUAUGUGGCCGAGUUGGUGGUGGACGAAGAGGAAGAAGAGGUAGCGCCCAGAAUACUUCGUCCUACUACCAAGUCUUCUGUGGCAAUUGCAUCAACUCCCAGGACCGACAGAGGGGAAGAUAUGGACACUAGCUUUGAAAAGAGCAAAAUCGUCAAGAAUGACACCACGAAUGGUCCCAAUGAGGACCCGAGCGCCCACAUUGAAGCUGCUAAGGCACGGCUCCUCGCUCGACUUGAGGAAGCCACCGUCGCAGGCGAUCAAAACAAUCAAACAAUCAAUGAAGAUGGGAAAUCCGAAAAGAAAGGCGGGUACGAUGAACAGCAAAAAGCUGUCGCUGUUUCAAGGACCCGACCUAGGAAUGAAGAAGGUGAGGCCAAUGAAUCAAAGAAGGCUCAAAGCCUUCAGGCAAACAAAGCCAACGAUAGUUCCGGUGCCGACGAUGAGAGGCUCGAGCUAAACAUGCGAGUCACUCUCAACAUGAUUCUCACAGUGGCUGGUGAGUUUUACGGGCAGCGCGAUCUACUGGAGUUCAGGAAUCCGUUUCCUGCUGUUUGA